AUGGCAAACAGAGGGAAUCCCCAGUCAUCCCAGGUGGGUACAGCGCUGGUGCCCGUCGCGCCGUGUAACCCUCAAGCUUUGGCUCAACUCUUCUCUGCGCUUCAAACCUUUUAUGCUCAAUGCAGUGCUCCGGCGACGGGGUCUGCUUCAAUAGUGGAGCUUCCCCAGGAUUGCAUCCCAGACACCCCUCCCAACAACCAGGAACGGGCAGGCCCUUCUGCAGCUUCAUCUAGCAGGGCGGGGCAUCAAGGCCUAGGGUCGUCCGAGCGGCGGCUGACCCGCUCGCAAUCUGCUGCCGUGCAGAAGGCUAAGGCUGGAGCACAAAAAACCAAGCCCAGUGCACAGAAGGACAAGGCCGGUGCACAGAAGUCGAAGUCCAAACUACCGUGGUCCACCUGGGCUAAUUCAAGUCAGGAGGUAAUCGGUAUUCCUAGUGUCUUUCAGGAUCCUCCGGCUCAGCACAGCCCGUCUGAGGGGUCAUCCUCUGAUGAGGAGUUACCCCCCCAGCAGGCGGCUACAACUUCCAAUGACCCAGCCCCCCAGGAGAGCAGUAAAGGGAAGCGUAAAGCGAAGAGGAAGCAUGUGUCUAAGAAGAGCAGGAGGAGCGACCCAUCUGAUUCCGAGGAUGAGACAGGUACCUCUUCUUCAGAGGGUGAUAGUGAUGCUCCCAUGGAAAUGUACUGGGGAGAGGGCGAACAGACUGGUGCUCCUUUGUGGAUGCAUGAGAGGAGGGCCAAUUCUCACCGGAAAACCUUUAACGGUACCCUUGAAUGGAAGGAUGGGGCCCUAGUGGAAGAUGUUAAAGUUUCAACUCACUUGUCUACUGACUUUAUCUUGGGUAAUCACCUCUCUAAGAGGAAAAGGGAUAAGAUUCUGAAUGGGGAUUUCAUAGAUAUGUUCACGUUGCUACCACCGGCAGAAAUAAAAGGAAAAGGGGAGAAAAAGAGGUAUUAUGGUAAGAAAAGAUAUAGGUCCCCGUGGGUGGAGCGUACAUUCGAGAACUGGCUCAACGGCUACCAGGUAUUCAUGGGGAUAGUGUUAGGAUGUUAUCCAAAACGUGGGUUGCACCUUGCAUCUUAUCUGGCGCACGUGAGAAGGGCUCGUGAAUUAGAAUCAUAGAAUCAUAGAAUCAUAGAAUCAUACAGUUGGAAGAGACCACAAGGGCCAUCGAGUCCAACCCCCUGCCAAGCAGGAAACACCAUCAGAGCACUCCUGACAUAUGGUUGUCAAGCCUCUGCUUAAAGACCUCCAAAGAAGGAGACUCCACCACACUCCUUGGCAGCAAAUUCCACUGUCAAACAGCUCUUACUGUCAGGAAGUUCUUCCUAAUGUUUAGGUGGAAUCUUCUUUCUUGUAGUUUGGAUCCAUUGCUCCGUGUCCGCUUCUCUGGAGCAGCAGAAAACAACCUUUCUCCCUCCUCUAUGUGACAUCCUUUGAUAUAUUUGAACAUGGCUAUCAUAUCACCCUUAACCUCCUCUUCUCCAGGCUAAACAUGCCCAGCUCCCUUAGCCGUUCCUCAUAAGGCAUCGUUUCCAGGCCUUUGACCAUUUUGGUUGCCCUCCUCUGGACACGUUCCAGUUUGUCAGUGUCCUUCUUGAACUGUGGUGCCCAGAACUGGACACAGUACUCCAGGUGAGGUCAUAGAAUCAUAGAAUCAUAGAGUUGGAAGAGACCACAAGGGCCAUCGAGUCCAACCCCCUGCCAAGCAGGAAACACCAUCAGAGUACUCCUGACAUAUGGUUGUCAAGCCUCUGCUUAAAGACCUCCAAAGAAGGAGACUCCACCACACUCCUUGGCAGCAAAUUCCACUGUCGAACAGCUCAUUACUGUCAGGAAGUUCUUCCUAAGGUUUAGGUGGAAUCUUCUUUCUUGUAGUUUGGAUCCAUUGCUCCGUGUCCGCUUCCCUGGAGCAGCAGAAAACAACCUUUCUCCCUCCUCUAUGUGACAUCCUUUUAUAUAUUUGAACAUGGCUAUCAUAUCACCCCCUAACCUCCUCUUCUCCAGGCUAAACAUGCCCAGCUCCCUUAGCCGUUGCUCAUAAGGCAUCGUUUCCAGGCCUUUGACCAUUUUGGUUGCCCUCCUCUGGACACGUUCCAGUUUGUCAGUGUCCUUCUUGAACUGUGGUCUGACCAGAGCAGAAUACAGUGGCACUAUUACUUCCCUUGAUCUAGAUGCUAUACUCCUAUUGAUGCAGCCCAGAAUUGCAUUGGCUUUUUUAGCUGCCGCGUCACACUGUUGGCUCAUGUCAAGUUUGUGGUCAACAAGACUCCUAGAUCCUUUUCACAUGUACUGCUCCCAAGCCAGGUGUCCCCCAUCUUGUAUUUGUGCCUCUCCUAGAUCCUUUUCACAUGUACUGCUCCCAAGCCAGGUGUCCCCCAUCUUGUAUUUUGCCUCUCAUUUUUUUUGCCCAAGUGCAAUACUUUACAUUUCUCCCUGUUAAAAUUCAUCUUCUUUGUUUUGGCCCAGUUCUGUAAUCUGUCAAGGUCGUUUUGAAGUGUGAUCCUGUCCUCUGGGGUGUUAGCCACUCCUCCCAGAUUGGUGUCUUCUGCAAAUUUGAUCAGGACGCCCUUAAGUCCACCAUCCAAGUCGUUGAUAAAGAUGUUGAAUAAGACCGGGCCCAAGACAGAACCCUGUGGCACCCCACUAGUCACUCUUCUCCAGGAUGAGGAGGAACCAUUGAUGAGCACCCUUUGGGUUCGGUCAGUCAGCCAGUUACAAAUCCAGUGAGUGGUAGCAUAGUCAAGACCGCAUUUUACCAGCUUCUUUAUAAGAAUAUCAUGGGGCACCUUGUCAAAUGCCUUGCUGAAAUCAAGGUAGGCUACAUCCACUGCGUUCCCUUCAUCUACCAGGCUUGUAAUUCUGUCAAAAAUGAGAUCAGGUUAGUCUGACAUGACUUACUUUUCAGAAAUCCAUGCUGACUAUUGGUGAUCACAGCAUUCCUUUCUAGGUGCUCACAGACUGUUUGCUUAAUGAUCUGCUCCAGAAUCUUCCCUGGUAUUGAUGUCAGACUGACUGGGCGGUAAUUAUUUGGGUCCUCUCUUUUCCCCUUUUUGAAAAUAGGGACAACAUUUGCCCUCCUCCAGUCUGCCGGGACUUCGCCUGUUCUCCAGGAAUUCUCAAAGAUGACUGCCAGUGGUUCUGAGAUCACAUCUGCCAGUUCUUUUAAUACUCUUGGAUGCAGUUCAUCUGGCCCUGGAGACUUGAAUACAUCUAAACUAGCCAAGUAUUCUUGUACUAUCUCCUUAGUUAUUCUGGGCUGUGUUUCCUCUGCUGAAUCAUUUGCUCCAAAUUCUUCAGGUCGGGCAUUGUUUGCGGGAGAUGAGGCUGCCAUCUCGUACAACGAGGAUUUUGGUAGGAAUGCCUCGCUGUUGUCCUCCACACGCUGGGAUCAGAGGGACAAUAACUACUGGAUGGAGCACGUGGGGCCUUACAUCGAAAAGAAAACAAACAACCAAGCUAAGUCUGGUAAGGUGGACACAAAGCGUCGUAAGCAAUGCUGGGAUUUCAUUAAAGGGGCCUGCCAGUGUACCGCUUGUAAGUACUUGCACGAAUGUGAUAAGUGUUUAGGCAGCCACCCGGCUAUCAACUGCUACAAGGGUAAACAACAGCCCUUUCGAGGCGGCAGGGGUCACCUCCACCAGGGAAACCGGGGUGCCCCCUCUGGUGCUUCAGGAACCGCCCAAGGGACAGCAGGGAAUCGCUACUAA